AUGUCGAACAUUGAACCUUUUGAAAUACCAUCUAUCCCGUCUGAACGACUCGCUUUGCUCAAGCAAAAACUCCAAAAUGCCGAGUAUCCUAACGAGCUUGAGAAGGAUGUCGGAUGGACAUACGGCGCGCCUCGCUGGGCUGUCGAACCGCUGGUGAAAGCAUGGCUCAACGAGUACGACUGGGAAAAAGCGCGUGCUGAAAUGAAUCAAUGGCACCAUUACCAAAUAACCGCUCAAGGCUUACGUGUCCACUUUAUCCAUGAACCUUCAGACAAGCCCAAUGCUAUUCCUCUCCUUUUGUUGAACGGCUGGCCAUCCAACUUUUAUGAAUAUCACAAAGUAAUCCAGCCUCUCCGAGACGGCGCAAAUGGAGGACAGGCUUUUCACGUCGUAAUUCCCAGCUUACCUGGCUACGGGUUCUCAGAAGCACCCAAACUGCCUGGUUACGGUGUUGCAAAGAAUGGCGAAAUCAUGGCUGAGCUCAUGACCACCAUCGGGUACAAUGAGUACGUUGUACACGGAUCCGAUUGGGGAAGUACGAUUGGAAAGUGGAUUGCCAUGGAAAGAUCAUCGCAUUGCAAGGGGUACCACACAGUGAUGCCACUCUGCCCGCCACCGUUACCUACGCCCUCGUUUUUGUUUUCUCACCCUGUUAAGGUGGCCAAGUUUCUCGCAAGUACUGUUCUCGGUUUUGAUCCUGUGUACGGUCAGGGCGUCGUGAAGCUCAAGGGAAAAUCAUUUGCCGAUGUGCAAAAUGAUCGAGAUUCCGGAUAUCGGGCUAUACAGGCCACUCGACCAUACACGUUAGCAUACGGGUUAUCUGAUAGCCCUGUCGGUCUUUUAGCAUGGAUGCUUGAGAAAUUUCACAAUUGGACGUAUCAUCCUUCUGGGAACGUAGAGACCCAGGCGUUACCAGAAACUGUCACGACCGAAGAAUUUCUGACGCAAGUUACCAUCUACUGGCUGACAAACACAAUGUCAUCGUCUACACGUCUGUAUUACGAGGCUUUCAACGAAGCAGAAAUGAUGAAGGUGUUCAUGGGCUCGGUCACCAUCCCUAUGGCGGCAGCUUACUUCCCCGGCGAGCUUUCCAAGUUUCCUCGUGAAUGGUUGGAGGCGAGUGGUAACCUCGUGCAAUAUAAUGAACCGGAUGUGGGCGGACAUUUUCCAGCAUUAGAAGUCCCGGAUGUGUUGGUGGAUGAUGUGCGGCGUUUUGGCAAGUCUUUGAAGGCAAAAAAGCAUCUGUAAAAAUAGGAUAGACAAGGAAGUUCAAUGCUGUCACAUUGGACCUUAACUACAGAUUGUGUGUUUCUAUGCUAUACCAUAUAAUAUAUCCUAUCCAAUUAUAUCAUAC